CGCGCGUUAUCAACACGUCUGAUCAUGACGUUCCCGGAAAUGCGACUGACGUGCAAGCGCUGUACUUCCGCCCCGACUGAAGAUGGCGGCGCCCUUUGUCAGACCGUAGGUGUGAGCUCUGGUAUGCGAGAUCUGAGCCGGUCCGGGAUCUCAGCCAUGGAUUUCCCUCAGCACAGUCACCUGGUUCUGGAGCAGCUCAAUCAGCAGAGGCAGUUGGGGUUGUUGUGCGACUGCACCUUCGUGGUGGACGGGAUCAACUUCAAGGCCCACAAAGCCGUGUUGGCCGCCUGCAGCCAGUACUUCCGCAUGUUGUUUGUGGAGCAGAAGGAUGUGGUGCAUCUGGAUAUCAGCAACGCCGCAGGCCUGGGGCAGGUUCUGGAGUUUAUGUACACGGCACAGCUCAGCCUGACCCGAGACAACGUAGAGGACGUCCUCACUGUGGCCGGAUUCCUCCAGAUGCAGGAGAUUGUAAAUGCCUGUACUGCCCUGAAAUCUCUCAGUAUUACCCCCGGGGCAACUGCCACCUGCCUGGAGAGUCUCACACCAGUGCAAGGUGAUGUGGCGCAGGGAGAGGGAGCAGUUCCAGGCUCUGCAGAGAAUGAUGGGAACAGAGUGGGAGAAUGUGAUGAGGCUGCAGUAAUAAACCAGCAUGGUCGGCACAGUGAGGAAACCUGUGUAGAGGAUAAUGACAUGAGGGAUGAGAAUCACAAUGAGGAGAGUUUGGCUACAAGUGACUCUCCCCCCUCAGAGGAGCCGGUGCUCUUGGACCAACAUGAAGACCCCCCAGAUGUGGAUAAGAAAGAAGUUGGAGUGAGAGCGGUGCCCCAGAACCAAUCAGCCUGGCACGUCCCUGCUGGGGAGAAGGAAACAGGACUGGCCGAGGAGAUAUUGGCCGGACAAGCGAAGGCUGAGGCUCAGCAGGUGGGAGGGACUCCUGCAGCAGGACAAACAGACGAGCUGUGUGAGCAGGAGGAGGCGGAGGGACAAACUGAGGAAGAUCCCGGGAGAGAGAAUAAGGAGGCGACAGAUGAAAAUGAAUUCGUAGCCACGGACUCUGGACAAGACACCUCCGGGGAUUCCCUGCACCCACGAUCUGAGGCAACUCCCUUCAGAGAUCGUAAUGAGUCCAGGCCCUACAGCUCCACCACUCACAAGUGUAAGUUCUGCGGCAAAGAAUUCACUCACACGGGCAACUUCACCAGACACAUCCGCACCCACACAGGGGAGAAACCCUUCACCUGCCGGGAGUGUAACAAAGCUUUCUCCGACCCCGCGGCCUGCAGAGCUCACGAGAAGACUCACAGCCCCCUGAAACCCUACGGCUGCGAGGACUGCGGGAAGAGCUACCGCCUGGUGAGUCUCCUGAACCUGCACAAGAAGCGCCACACGGGAGACGCCCGCUACCGCUGCAGCGACUGCAACAAACACUUCACCACCUCGGGGAACCUGAAGAGGCACCAGGUGGUCCACAGCGGAGAGAAACCGUAUCACUGCGAGUUCUGCAACCGCCCCUUCUCUGACUCCACCUCCAAAAUGCGCCACUUGGAAACGCACGACACCAACAAGGAGCACAAGUGCCCCCACUGCGACAAGAAGUUCAACCAACUGGGAAACCUGAAAGCCCACCUGAAGAUUCACAUAGCGGACGGACCCCUAAAAUGCAGAGAAUGCGGGAAGCAGUUUACGACUUCAGGGAACCUUAAGAGGCACCUGCGCAUCCACAGCGGUGAGAAGCCGUACGUCUGCGUUCACUGCAAGAGGAAGUUUGCAGAUCCGGGGGCGCUGCAGCGACACGUCCGGACUCACACUGGGGAGAAGCCGUGUCUGUGUAUGAUCUGUGGGAAAGCUUUCACUCAGGCCAGCUGUCUAAUCGCCCACGUGAGGCAGCACACAGGGGAGAAGCCUUACGUCUGCGAGCGCUGCGGGAAAAGGUUUGUGCAGUCGAGUCAGCUCGCCAACCAUAUCCGCCAUCACGACAACAUACGCCCGCACAAGUGCAGCAUCUGCAACAAAGCAUUCGUCAACGUGGGCGACCUCACCAAGCACGUGAUCAUUCACACUGGAGAGAAGCCGUUCUUAUGUGACAAGUGCGGCCGGGGCUUUAACCGAGUGGACAACCUGCGAUCCCAUGUGAAAACCGUGCACCAGGGCAAGGCCGGUAUGAAAAUGUUGGAGCAUGAGGAAGGGGAAGUGGAUGAAGACGAGGUGAAUAUAGUGACCGUGGCGUCUGAUGAAAUGGUGACUUUAACCACAGAGACUAUUGCUGCCACGGCCGUGACUGAGCUCACAGUGGUUCCGGUCACCACUGCCGUGGCAGCAGAUGAAACCGAAGCACUGAAGGCUGAAAUUACCAAAGCAGUGAAGCAGGUGCAGGAAGCAGAUCCCAACACCCAGAUUCUGUACGCCUGCGACUCCUGUGGAGAGAAGUUCCUGGACGCCAAUAGUUUGGCCCAACACGUGAGAAUGCACACGGCACAGGCACUUGUCAUGUUCCAGGCAGACACAGACUUUUACCAGCAGUACAGCACACCAACCACGUGGCACACAGAGCAGGUCAUACAGUCCGGGGAGCUUAUAUUCCGUGCGCGCGAUGGGACCGAAGAACAUCCCCAGGCUAUUGAUUGCCAGAGCCCAGUGGAAUAGUGGAACCUCGGUGCCGGACACUGAGAAUGGGGUGGGCACCGGGAAGCAGCAAAAACUGGUCAUGUGCCCAACUUCAUUGGCCAUGGGGCAGGUUCUGGGAAUGUCCAAGUGCAGAAUGUUCAUCUGUUUGGGACGCUCGGCUCUUGCUGGUGUAUAAAGUGUACAUGGGGGGGUCCCUAAUGCAUCUAAUAAAUAUUGGUUUUUUUAAUGAAAA